AUGGCUUCGGUGUCGCUGCCGGCAGGAUAUUCCAAGGACUUCCGCGUGGCGACCCAACCAGGCCAAGCAGCCCCGGUGGUUCGGACACUCUCUUUCAGCCAGCAAACUGCGCCUGCUCCCCAAGCUGCAAGCAUUUCUCGGAUUCCGACCAGGGUGCAGAGAGCCUCAAGUUUCCACACAGGCGCGCCCGCUCCACCCGCACAUCCCUCCAUGGUCUACACAGCUCCAGGUCCAGCCGGUCCAGCUGGCCGCCGAACAAUCCACCCCGGUGCUGUCUACCCUACCGCAAGCCACGGGUUUGUCGCCCCUGGGUUCGGCCGCCAGACCAGCACACCAGUUACAGUUCCCGUCACUCAGCCGUUCGGCCGGCAAACCAGCACACCAGCCACAGUGACUCAGCCGUUCGGGCGCCAGACGAGCACACCAGCCACCGUCACCCACGCGUUCGGGCGCCAGACAAGCACGCCGGCCCCUGUGCCGCUGCAGCAAGCCGUCCCUGCUGCAGUCUACCGUCGGUACACCUCCUUUACGGCUCCGCCCGGAGUUGGCCUCGCAGCUGCCGCCCGAGCUGCGACGGCCUUCCACACUCAACCCACGACCCAGGCGACCCAGGCGACCCAGAGCCAGGACCAAGCUUCUCAAGACGAGUUCGACGUCGAAGAGCUGCAGCCUGAGGUGGUCGCGACUGUGGAUGCACAGAUUCUCACGCAGACCAUUGCAGAGGACGUGGAGCCCACUGAGGACGCCACAGUCCAGGUCAAGGAGCAGCAGCAGCCCGAGGUGGCUGCGACUUCGGAAGCAGAGACCGUGAAGGAGACCGACUUCGAGGUCAAGGAGCAGCAGCAGCCCGAGGUGGCUGCGACUGCGGAAGCAGAGACCCUGAAGGAGACCGACUUCGAGGUCAAGGAGCAGCAGCAGCCCGAGGUGGCUGCAACUGCGGAAGCAGAGACCCUGAAGGAGACCGACUUCGAGGUCAAGGAGCAGCAGCAGCAGCCCGAGGUGGCUGCGACUGUGGAAGCAGAGACCCUGAAGGAGACCGACUUCGAGGACGAGAAGCGGGCGGAGGACGGAAAGGAGGCUGAUGAUGCGGACAGCACCAUCACCGGCAUGCUGGGUUUGAGUGCUGCCAUGGAGACGCCGAACAAGGCUUUGCCUCAGCCUCAGCCGCAGCCGGAUGCCACGGCGCAGCUCCUGGAAGCCAUCGAGGAUUUAGAGCAGCAGGAAGACAAGGCAGACAGAGCCUUCAAACAGUGUCUCCCGGUUUGGCUCGUGCUCCGGAAAUGGCUACCUGCGCCGCUGCGCCGCUUGAUGCGGCUGCAGGGCUCAUCAGUGGGACUCGAGCCUGCCAAGAAGGAGUUCAUCCUGGAUGCAGACAUGGCGGCUCCGUCUCUGGAGAAGGAUGGCCAGGGCCGAAUGUAG